UUUUUUCGAAGGGUGUAAUUGUUGACAUGAGAGAGUAGAGUUCGUGUUCAGUAAAUGUGAGACAUGUUAUGCGAAUUUAAUUUUGUUGUGGGAAAAAGCUCUCGAAAUCACAUAUAAAAUGUCUUACUAUGGAUUAUUCAGGCGAUAGUUCUGAUGCAGAAACCUUAAGAUCUGAAUGUAUAGCCUCUCAACAAGCAGGAACUGUAGAAAAGCAAACGGAAGAUACUAGUGACAAGGCUGUCAAACGUAGGAAGAGGAGUCAGCGAUAUCGACAGGCUUACCGCGUCGAAUGGGAAUCACAACCAGAUUUCAAAGGUUGGCUGAAGAGUGUGCCAGGGGAGCCUAAUCGAGCAUUUUGCCUCUACUGUAACCGAAGCCUUCAUGCUCAUUGUUUAAGUCUUUUAAAACAUUUAUGUACAUUAAAGCACACAAGAGCUGCACAGGCCAUCGCCCCAGAGCAGUUCCCAUGUGAUAUUGGUGGAGAGAAAAAUACAGAGGCACAACAAAAUUUGAUUGGUAGUGAAGAAAGUGGAAUUGAGGCUGCAUGUCAACAAAUUAUUACCAAUAACAGAGUCAGUGUCGAGCAAAAUAUGUUGAGCACUGAAGGCAGUAUUGUAGCUGCUCAGAAGCAAAUUGCUGGUUCUGAGAUGAGCACUCAAGGUACUAAGAAAGGAAUUUCUACCCAUGUUCUGGACACUGCCAAAGGAAAACCUGCCAAUGGAUUGCAGGUCAGCCUUUACCGGUUGAUGGGUGGAAAAUGGACAAUUGUUUCUGAAGGAUAUACUGAUGAAGAUGGUCGAUUCAGUAACUUCCUGCAGGAUUUAGAGCUAUGUAGUGGACGAUAUAAACUACAUUUUGAUGUUGAUAGAUAUUUUGAUUCAACAAGCCAGGAGUCACUGUAUCCUUUCGUAGAGAUUGCAUUUGACGUUAAGUCGCAACAAGAUCAUUACCAUAUACCCCUGCUGUUAAGCCCUUUUGGAUACACAACAUACCGAGGGAGUUGAUAAGAAAAUUAUAACUUUCUUGGUUUAAAUCAGAAGAGACUUUUAAUAUUACUUCUUGAGUACCAUGUGUGUUGUUUAGUUUAAGACUGGAGCAUUGUGUUCUGUAUAUUUUUGUCCCAAAUGUAACAGUGUUUAAUUUUAAGUAUUCAUGUAAAGCACAGCUAAAAACAGAAAUCUAUAUAUUGUUUGUUUGAGGCAUAACAUUGAUGUUUAUUUUAUAUAUCAUACAUUUAUUAAGUUAAACACCUCUUUCAGUAAGAAAUCAUUAAAUUCAUGUGGGAAUUCAAAAUGUAGUAUAUAGUGUUUGCAGUAUAGCACAAAAUGUACGUUACUUGAAUGUAGGUUCCAAAACAUUUAAUGUUAAUGUACAGUACUUCAGUUUGUACUGUUGCUUAAAUGAUUCCAAAUGUUGUAAAUGUCAAAGCCUUUUAGUGUUAUUUGUAAACUGUUACGUUUGUUAAUGUCAUCACAAACUCUAGCAAACUGAUGAUGGAUACCUAAUUUCUUAUUUUGUUGUAAGAAACUGUAAGAUAAUAACCUGAAACUUUAUUUUGUACCCCUUAAUUUUCAUCAUUGCAAUUGAUUUAUUGUGAUAAUAAAAGUAUUGAUGCUUUAAA